GACCCGGCGGGAAGAUGACAGGCACACCUGUCACUGGGCCGGGUUUCUCCCGAAGGGGAGGACGCUGGAACUGUGGCUGUCGCUGAACAGCCAGGAGGGGUUCGCGAUGAGUCUCCCGCGCCGGGGUGGGAAGCGGCGGCGUUCAACAUCAGACUCGGACUCCUUCUUGGGAAGCAGCGCUGACCGCAGUGACAGCCGCCUGCUGCCCUCGGAGCCGGUGCUGAGCCCGCCCGCCGGCCUGGGGCGCAGCUGGAAGGACAGUGACCGCCGCGUGGCCGCAGCAGCAGGGGAAUGCAAGCAAACAGUUCCUGAUGAUCAAAUAGACAAGCUGCUGUUGGCAAAUUGGGGACUUCCUACAGCGGUUCUGGAGAAAUACCACAAUUUCGGUGUAAAAAAGAUGUUUAAAUGGCAGGCAGAGUGUCUUUUGCUUGGAGAGGUUCUGGAAGGAAAGAAUUUAGUCUAUUCAGGUAUUUAA